AUGCACACUCACCACACCCACACACCUACCCUCACACCCCCCUUGAUGCACACUCACCACACACCCACACCUCACACCUCCCUCUCGAUGCACACUCACAUCUUCCCUCACCCCCCAUACACACUCACCACACACCCACACACCUUCCCUCACACCCCUCCAUGCACACUCACCACACACCUUCCUUCACAUCUCCCCCCAAUGCACACCCACCACACACCCACAUCCCCUCCCUCACGCGCUCCCCACCCCGCUUCAAAAGCUUCACACGCACUGACCGGGCCUGAGCGGACAGCCCAGCCACGCCCGCUUAAAUUCAACACCGCCCCCUCUUCGGCCUAUCCUCCCUCCCCACCACUGCCCCACCCGCUACUCCUAGGACAAGGAGGGGCGAUAGACAAGGCCGCCUCAGUCCGGGGAACUGUCCAGGAAAAGCCCCGCGGGAAAGCGCCCGAUGGACGUCCCUCUUCGCCUGCUCGCUCUCUGGAGCCUCCGGGGCAGAGGCGAUCUCCUGAGGCAACCAAACCUGGAGACGGGGGAGGUACCUGGGAGUGA